GAAAUCACAUGCCAAAUGACAUGGUUGCCUAUAUGGCAACCAUGUCAUCAGUUUUCUCUCUACUCUGAUUAUAAAAAAAAAUCCCAAACCUCUCCCCUUCUUGGACAGAAUGCCUUCUUCUUCUUCUUCUUUUUCUUCUUCUUCUUCUUCUUUGAAGCCUCUCAUCUCCAUACCGAAGCCGCCGCUCCUCAUCUUCUCUCCGAAGCCUCUCAUAUCCAUAUUGAAGCCGCUGAUCCUCAUCUCAUCUUAGAAACUCCUCAUCUCCUCUCCGAAGCCAUCUCUCCUCUCCAUACCGAAGCCGCUGCUCCUCAUCUCAUCUCCAAACCGAAGCCGCUCCUCAUCUCCCCCUUCUCAGACAGAACGCCUUCUUCUUCUUCUUCUUCUUCUUCUUCUUCAACUGUGAAGCAUCUUCGAAGCCGCUCUGCAUCUCCUCUCCAACUCUUCUCAUCUUCUUUAAUCUCUUCACUGAGAGAAUCAGGUCUUGAGUCAUUGAAUCUAAUUCUUGGCAUUGACUUCACGAAGACCAAUGAAUCAUCAGGUUACAAGGAAAUUAGAUGUACCAUGAGGAGCACUAAGUCCUCAAGAGCUUGAGGUUGCUCUUAGCAACUUUUUCAUAUUUGAGUCUUAGGAUUUGCCAUAAUACUUGUUUUCUUUUUGCUUUUCUUUUUCUUUUGGUUUUUGUAUUUUGAUUAUGUUGUUGAUUCAACCUCAAAAUUUAUAUACGAAGAGGACCAACAUUACUCUUGAUUAAACAAUCUCAUCGAAAAAUCUAUGUAUGGGUUGUCAAUUGGAGUAUUCUACUGU